AUGCCAACGGUCAUUUUAUUAGAUGUUUCCCUUUCAAUGUCCCGGCCAGUGCCGACGACCGAUACAUCGGAAAGCCACACUCGAUUUACAUUAGCUACGGCGGCUAUAAACACUUUUCUUGACUAUUUAUGCGUACAUGCUAAAUUAGAAUAUGUUGCUUUAGUUACUUUUUCUUCAGUUUAUGAAGUUGCUGUGCCUUUUACCCGUGAAUUUGACAACAUCAGGGUCAAAUUGCCCCAACUAGAAGAAGGUGACAAAACAUGUAUAGAAGUAGCUCUUCAUGGUGUUAAUCAGUUGAUUCUUAAUGAAUGGGGCUACCAAACACCGGUUCAAAUCAUAUUGGUUACAGACGGCAGUAGCGGUGUUGGUGCAAUUGGGAGAAAUAGAAUAAUCCAAGCACUUCCCCUUCCACCAACAUAUCCAGGAAAGAUACAUGUGUUACCAGUGGUAUCUCCGCAUGAUUCAAGCUUGCAACAUGCUAUGCCACUCUAUCAGAAGAUUAUUGACCUGGCCUGUAACACAACAAACAAUACUAAUGGCAACAUAAUGAGAGGUGCUAUUUAUUGUCCAGAUCAAUUGAAUGUUCCAGGAGUUGUAACAGCAAUGACACGUCUUUGUGAGCAACAUUAUCAAGAGUUUUGGUGCACACUCAAGUGCGGUCAACUCGAGACAAGGGUACAACUCUUCCCAGCUCCACAGCCAGCUUCUCACGAGGGUUUAUCAGCUAGUUACACAUUAUCUAAUCAACUACAUGUAAUUGGAUUCCUACAGCAACAAGAUUUAGGUACACCUAUAGCAAUAAGCAAACAUCUAGUGAUACCUCAAGCUCAAGUUGGUAAUAACAGUACAAAUCGUGAAAAUUAUGGUUCCAAAACACCUACAAAGGAAGGUAGCAGUACUGAGGGUACUACAACAGAAGACGAUAUGUCCGAUCCUAGUAAAGUUCCUAACUUCUGUGUUCUACUCCACGGAGCACUCAAGGUAGAAGGCAUGUCGGCAAUAGUACAGCUUGGAUCAGACUGGUGGGGUACGCUGUCAGCUUGGUGCGAAGUGUCUAGGGCUCGCAGGUCUUGUCUGUUGUUAAGCAUCCUCAGACCUGGGGCUUCUGCGGCUCCCUGGCUCGGACCUUUGGAUCAGUUAGGACCUUCCGAAGAAAACAGUACUUCAACGGAAUCAUUCCCAGUACGGUCGUGGCGUUCGUACAGUGGGGGCGGAUCGGGAUGUGCGUGGGCGCGCCCACACGCGCUACUCGCAGACGUGCAAAAGGUUCUACGACACGCUCGAAAGCUGCCGGACAAAACGCAGCACCUUUACAAGGAGCUAAACCGAUUACGACGAGCAGCGAUAUCCCUAGGCUUCUCGGAGCUUCUGACAUGUGUGGGUAGCGCCUUAGAAAGGGAGUGUGCAUCAUUGCCUACGAACGCUCCACCGGAGUGUGCCUUACAACUCGCACACGCGGCCGCCGCACUCAGGGACCCAAGGACGGCGCUCGACAUCAAGCACACGCUCCAACCACUCGCUACCAACUUUACUGUUACAUCUAUGCCUCAUUAAAUCUUAUAUAUAAAAUUCUCGUGUCACAAUGCUAGUUUAAAUAAUCCUCCGAAACGGCUGGACUGAUUUUUAUGAAAUU